CGCUCAGAAACAUGCUGAGGUCCCGGCGGCUCUUCCAGCAGCGACAGCGGCUCCAGCAGCAGCGGCGGCGGCGGCGGCGGAGACAGCGCUCGGCUACGGAGGAGAAGGCGCCCGGCGUCCAUGCCUCCGGCCCCGAGCCGCGGCUGCCCUGACCUGGCCGCGACCUCCCCGCGCGGGCCCCGCAGCCCCGGCUCCUGGGGUGCUCCCCAGGCGCGGCCCAGCCCCGCCACACCCCCCGCCCCCGGCCUCCGCAGCUCGGCAUGGGCGCGGGGGCGCUCGCCCUGGGCGCCUCCGAACCCUGCAACCUGUCGUCCGCCGCGCCACUGCCCGACGGCGCGGCCACCGCGGCGCGGCUGCUGGUGCUCGCGUCGCCUCCCGCCUCGCUGCUGCCUCCAGCCAGCGAGGGCUCAGCGCCGCUGUCGCAGCAGUGGACCGCGGGUAUGGGCCUACUGCUGGCGCUCAUCGUGCUGCUCAUCGUGGUGGGUAAUGUGCUGGUGAUCGUGGCCAUCGCCAAGACCCCGCGGCUGCAAACGCUCACCAACCUCUUCAUCAUGUCCCUGGCCAGCGCUGAUCUGGUCAUGGGAUUGCUGGUGGUGCCUUUCGGGGCCACCAUCGUGGUGUGGGGCCGCUGGGAGUACGGCUCCUUCUUCUGCGAACUCUGGACUUCGGUAGACGUGUUGUGUGUGACGGCCAGCAUUGAGACCCUGUGUGUCAUCGCCCUGGACCGCUACCUCGCCAUCACGUCGCCCUUUCGCUACCAGAGCUUGCUGACGCGCGCGCGAGCACGGGCCCUCGUGUGCACAGUGUGGGCUAUCUCGGCGCUGGUGUCCUUCCUGCCCAUCCUCAUGCACUGGUGGCGGGCCGAGAGCGACGAAGCGCGCCGCUGUUACAACGACCCCAAGUGCUGCGAUUUCGUCACCAACAGGGCCUACGCCAUCGCCUCAUCCGUCGUCUCCUUCUACGUGCCCCUGUGCAUCAUGGCCUUCGUGUACCUGCGUGUGUUCCGCGAGGCCCAAAAACAGGUGAAGAAGAUCGACAGCUGCGAGCGCCGCUUCCUCGGCGGCCCAGCCCGGCCGCCCUCGCCUGAGCCCUCGCCGUCACCUGGGCCACCGCGCCCCGCAGACUCGCUGGCCAACGGGCGCUCCAGCAAGCGGCGGCCGUCGCGCCUCGUGGCUCUGCGCGAGCAGAAGGCGCUCAAGACACUGGGCAUCAUCAUGGGUGUGUUUACGCUCUGCUGGCUGCCCUUCUUCCUGGCCAACGUGGUGAAAGCUUUCCACCGCGACCUGGUGCCAGAUCGCCUCUUCGUUUUCUUCAACUGGCUAGGCUACGCCAACUCGGCCUUCAACCCCAUCAUCUACUGCCGCAGCCCCGACUUCCGCAAGGCUUUCCAGCGCCUGCUCUGCUGCGCGCGCCGGGCCGCCUGCAGACGCCGCUCAGCCCACGGGGACCGGCCGCGCGCCUCCGGCUGCCUGGCGAGAGCUGGGCCGCCGCCGUCCCCCGGAGCUCCCUCGGACGACGACGACGACGACGCCGGGACCACCCCACCGGCGCGCCUGCUGGAGCCCUGGACCGGCUGUAACGGCGGGACGACCACUGUGGACAGCGAUUCGAGCCUGGACGAGCCGGGGCGCCAGGGCUUCUCCUCGGAGUCCAAGGUGUAGAGAGCCAGGCUCUCUGGGCGCACGGACGCCGCUCCCCAUAGUCCCGGGCUGGACAUGGGCUCUGCAUCCCUAGAGGAAGAGAGCCCGCCUGGGCGCCCCCGAGCCGCUCCCCAGGGGAGAGAGGAGAUCUCUGUUUACUCAAGACCGAAAGCAGGUGAAUGCAAAGCCCACAGAUCUAUUGAAUCAUCCGAGGCGUACAGAAAAGCCCCGGACCAAGCGUUUGCGCAAAAAGGAAAGUUUAGGAGUUGGGAGAGUGUGGCUUAGUGUGGCUUACUGGCUUGUCUUGAGUUCCUUUCUCUCUGAGGUUCGGCCUUUCGUGUGUUUAAUGCACCUUUAGGCAUUCCCCCCGCCCCCAGGUGGGUUUUGACACUUUCUGCAAGGACCCGAGUGGAAACUAGGAGGGUGGGGGAAGGGGCAGGAUGGAGUCUAUCACCUGGCCUUCCGGUUCCACACCUAGGAACCUAAGUAUUCAGCUCCGGUGUGGUGUGGGGGCGGGGGCGGUGAUAAUUAGCCAGGAAGUGUUUCCCUUUGCUUUCUAAAGAAAUUGCAUAUUAAUUCCGGAGUACUGGUGUCUCCCGUUCUUAAAGCAAAGGGAAAAGAAGGAUGCGAAACAGACAAAUCUGGUUUCGAGAAACUAUGUGUGGAGCACGGUUCACCUUGCUUUCUCCUAGAGGGCAAACCCUGUCCCCUGCGCGCCUCGGUGGUCCUGCUGUGGGUCCUCUACCUCACUCUGUGCAUAUUGCACAGCAAGAUAGAAAGACUUGUUUAUAUUAAACAGCUUAUUUAUGUAUCAAUACUAGUUGGAAGGACCAGGCGCUGAGUCUCUCUCUGUGACAUGUGACUCUGUCAACUAAAGAUAGGACAGAACAAAAGGAAACAGUUGAGAUUAAUGCACAUGUGGCUAAAAACAAAGACAAAAAGGCAGGUUGGAAGGCCAUUUUGCACAGUGUUAGGCAUUGUAAAAUUCAUAGAAGUUGUUAACUUGCACAAAAAAAUAAAUAUUUUUAAUGGGAUGGGGAGGUGGGCAGAUCUUUAAAAAGCUAAAAUAAAAUUCAAACUCAGUUUCUCUUGUCUAUUAUGUUAUUGAGUUGAUAGUUUAUUGGGAAAUUACUUUUUAUACUCUUAUCAUGGUACUGUAACUGUAUCCAUAUUAUAAAUAUUAUUAUCUUACGUAUUUUUAUUAUUAUUUUUUAAUGUCCAAGUGCCCACGUGAAUCUGCUGGUAAAAUUUAGCACUCGUGUGUAUAUUCUAUCUCUUCUUGUGUGUGUGACCAAGUAUUUAUACUCUGGUGCAACUAACUACCGUGUGGGAAUUGGUCCAUGUGCAAUAAAAACAGCAGUGCAGCUCAAUCGAGGUUACGUGCCGUGUGUCUGUAAGGGGUCCGAGAUGACAAGAGAGACUUGAAUGUUUGCCUGGCAGCCUUUUUAAUAUCUCUUCAUGACUGAAUCACAGAGCAAAGAGCCUCUAGACCAAAUAAGGCGCUCACCAACAAAGAGCCACAGAUUUGCCCUAAAUUUUCACAGCCGGAUUCAAGGUAUUCCAGACAACUCAGGCACCCUCAAGAGCCCAUCUGCUACACUUGAUGGAAGAAGGAAUUGUGUAUCUUCUUCAAAGGAGAGCCAGAGAGAGUGUUGGAGCCGGGUAACUUAGCAGCAACUUCUCGCAGAAACACAGGCAGGAAGGAGUGGCCCAUUGGAUGAUGUCGUCCACUUGAAAUACGGUGAGUGGCUUCCAUGGCUUAUGUUUGUGUCCCCAUUGAAAACCACAGUGGGUUCACAGUUCUCCAGUGCCUGCUUAGAAUGGAAAAAAAACAAAAAAACAAAAACGUUCGUGCUUAAGCAAAGAUGUAUAAAAGGACUCCCGAAGCAAAUAUUAUCUCUCUCACAUAAGUCCCUAGAUCCUUUUCAGCAGAUGCUCUGGGUGGGCGGGAAUGCAAACUGAGCUUCCCCACCUUUCAUUUAACUUCCUAACAGAAUUAUAACACCCAAAUGGAUAGAGGUUUGUUUUUCUUCAUUAAAAAUUAGUUCCCGAGAAGAGUAUAGUAAAAUUCCAUCCUGAGAUUAAUUGUACAUUCACCAAAUCUGCUUAUUCAAUAUGUUUAAACAAGGUUUUCAUUUCAUGACUGAACCGUAAUGUAACCAAAAUGAAAAGUAUACGGUUUUGGCUCAGGGUCUUAAGACGGACAGACAAGACGGACAGACAGCUUCUUCCAGGAGAAGGUAGGACUCCUUUCUCCAAAGGCAUGUCUGAAACCUCAGGGGCGUCUGAGAACAGUGCUGACCUUUAGAUCCCUGUGGAAGGAAGGCUGACUGAACUGCAGUCAUGUCAACAGAGGCUCCUCACAGGUUUAUCCCAUGUUUCCAGAAAAAGAAAGUAGGAACUGAAGAAGGAAAG